AUGAGCAGAGAACAACACAAAGCGCCAUCCCAAUUCAUCUCCGAACAGCAUAGAAGAUUGCUCCAGGGCUUGCCCUUCGGAGACAAGCUUGACUUCGUAAAUGCUGAGAAAGGGUUCCUUGGUCGACUUGACCCCAACAAGCUGGAAAGCGCCAAUGGGAUUCCGAUCUGGAACAACGACCAAUACAAAUUUCUGCAAGAUGCUGCUCCCAAGACAGCGAAUCCAAGUUUGUGGCGUCAAUGCCAGCUCACUCGUAUGGAUGGUCUGUUCCAGGUCACUGAGUGCAUCUAUCAAGUCCGCGGCCUGGACAUUUCGAACGUCACCUUCAUCGAGGGCAGCGAAGGUCUUCUCGUCAUAGACCCUCUCACAUCGAAAGAGACAGCUGCAGCUGCACUUGGCCUGUAUCGAAAGCAUCGUGACCCCAAGAGACCUGUGAAGACGAUCCUGUACACGCAUUCCCAUGUCGACCAUUUUGGAGGAGUACGAGGAAUCGUCACUGAGGACGAUCUCAAGAACAAUGAUAUCAAGAUUGUGGCUCCAGAGGGCUUUCUGGAGCAUGCAGUAUCCGAGAAUAUCUACACAGGUGUUGCAAUGGCCCGUCGGGCUGCAUACAUGUAUGGAACUGCGCUUCCAGUGGGCCCGCAAGGUCAAAUUGGUACUGGGCUGGGCCAAGCGGUUUCGAAUGGCCAACUGACACUUCUCGCACCCAACGUGAUGAUCAAACGUACGAACGAGAAGUUGACUCUUGAUGGAAUCGAUAUGGUGUUCCAGAUGACGCCAGACAGCGAAGCUCCGUCCGAAAUGCUCAUCUACUUUCCACAGUGGAAGGCGUUGUGUGCGGCAGAAAACGCAACACAUACAUUCCACAACAUCUUGACACUGCGAGGCGCUCUGGUACGCGAUGCUCGUUCUUGGGCCAAAUAUCUGACAGAAACGAUCGACAUGUUCGGGGACGAGCUCGAAGUGGUCUUUGCAUCGCAUCACUGGCCAACAUGGGGUAAUGCUGAGAGCAUAGAGUUUCUCACUACCCAGCGUGAUAUCUAUGCUUAUGUACACGAUCAAACUGUGCGACUGAUCAAUCAAGGCUAUAAUGGCGCAGAAAUCGCAGAAAUGAUAAAGUUGCCGCCCGCUCUGGACAAGGCUUGGAAUGCUCGUGGAUACUACGGAUCUAUCAAUCACAACGUGAAAGGCAUAUAUCAGCGAUACAUGGGCUGGUUUGAUGCCAAUCCGGCCCAUCUUUGGGAGCACAUACCUGUCGAAAAAGCGAAGAGAUACGCUCGGCUCGCCGGUGGUGUGCAGAAUCUGAUCAAUGAUGGACGAGAAGCAUUCGAAGCCGGCGAUUUCCGCUGGGCUGCUGAAGUCGUCAAUCACGCAGUCUAUGCUGAUCCAAAUCUUCCUGAGGCACGCAAUUUGCUCGCAGACAUCUACGAACAGCUAGGGUACGGGUCAGAGUGCGGAAUCUGGAGGAACUUUUAUCUGUCAGGUACCACCGAGCUGCGACAAGGGAAUUUCGGAACACCACCCCGAAGUGCUGCGCAGGAUAUGAUUCGACAACUGACACCUGAGAUGCUGUUCGACUACCUUGCAGUUCAGAUCAAUGGUCCUCGGGCCUGGAACACAAAGCUUGACAUCAAAAUCAUGUUGACUGACACGGAUGUGAGCUAUCGCCUGCGACUCUCGAAUGGAGCUCUUAUCUAUUCUUCUGGCAGACAUUGCUCGACAGAGCCACAUGCAACUCUCAAGGCUACCGCUAAGACACUGCCAGCAUUUCUAGCUUUUGGAUCUGACCUUGUCAAGCUGAAGACAGCAGGCAUUACUGUGGAGGGAGACUUGAGCGCUUUCGCUACACUCACCGGCUUACUUGAUCAGGGAGACCGUAGUUUCAACAUCGUAGUGCCACGAGGUGUAUUGUCGCAACCCACUGGGGAAAUGGAUGCGGCUGGACCCGGCCAACGAAAAUCCCCUACAAGGUCUGUUCUCUGA